CUAUGGAAUUGCAGGGUCUACCAAUGUGACAGGAGAUCAAGUGAAGAAGUUGGACAUCCUUUCCAAUGACCUGGUGAUUAACAUGCUAAAGUCAUCUUUCAGUACAUGUGUUAUCGUGUCAGAAGAAAACAAAGAUGCGGUGAUAGUGGAAGCUGAAAAAAGGGGUAAAUACAUAGUCUGCAUAGACCCUCUGGACGGCUCAUCAAACAUCGACUGCCUUGUUUCCAUUGGGACCAUCUUUGCCAUCUACAGAAAGGUGUCCCCUGAUGAACCUUCUGGGAAAGAUGCUUUGCAACCAGGGCGUAAUCUUGUGGCAGCUGGUUAUGCUCUCUAUGGGAGUGCCACAAUGCUGGUACUGGCCACUUCUGCUGGAGGCGUCAACUGUUUCAUGCUGGAUCCGGCAAUUGGAGAAUUCAUUUUGGUGGAUAGGGAUGUGAAAAUCAAAAAGAAGGGAAACAUCUACAGUCUCAAUGAAGGCUAUGCUAAAUACUUCGAUCCUGCAGUCACAGAGUAUCUCAAAAAGAAGAAAUUCCCUGAGGAUGGCAGUUCACCAUAUGGUGGGAGGUACAUAGGAUCGAUGGUGGCUGACGUGCAUCGCACGCUAGUGUAUGGAGGAAUCUUUCUGUAUCCUGCCAACUCCAAAAGUCCCAAAGGAAAGCUGAGACUGCUCUAUGAAUGCAAUCCUAUGGCUUUUGUUAUUGAGAAGGCUGGGGGAAUAGCAACAACUGGACAUCAACCAAUACUAGAUAUAGUGCCUGAGGAUAUCCACCAAAGAGUGCCUGUUGUCUUGGGAUCUCCUGAUGAUGUGAAGGAGUACCUUGAGAUAGUCAAGAAGCAUUCAGCUAAGUAAAGAAAGCUUGCUGCAGUCACCGUGCAGAUGGGGAUAAAUGCCUUACAGCUGAACCAAAGAGUACACUGCAGUACUACAAGACUGAACUGUCUGACCUCUGUAGGAAGAGAGCAAAUGAGCCGUAUUUUCAUAGGGUUUUUUAAAGUGAGAUCUUGUGCAAUUGCAUUGUGCAAUGAGAGGCAUUAAAAGAUUGCAUUAAAGGAAGCAUUGAAAGUAAA